UCUCAAAAAAAUAAAUAAAUAAAUAAAACCUCAAAAUAAAAAAGAAAAUAAGAAAAAUGUAAAAACAGCACACAAUCUCUUUCGAUACAAACACGAAACGUAUGUAAAUAGCGUAUGCGAAGCUUCCUAUUUGAAGGAUUGUAAUUCCAAAUUUGGCGAGAACUGUCGGACGCCAUGGCACAGUUGCGCAUGCGCAGAUUGCAGAGGAGGGCCGAGGAGUUGGUGCGGGAGUUUUACGAGUCGAUGCUCUUGCUGACGCUGGACCUGCUGCUCCAGUGGAACCAGUGGCAUGUGAUACGCAUGCUAAAUGCAAACAAGCUGCCAGACGAGCUGGCCGAGCCGCAGGCCCUCAGCUGGUCGACGCUGUUCUUUGCCAACGGCCUGCUGCUGACCUUGGCCCAGUACCGGCCGCAGCGGUUCAAGCGAUACGCAUCAGUGGUGCGGAAGCUCUUGCUGCUGCUUGAGCUGUUCGUAAUGCUCUUUGUGGUUGAUUAUGUGCAGCUGUCCAUAUGGCAGCCAUUUUUGAACAUAUUCGAUCAGGCGCUGCACGCGCUGGGCCACUCCAAGUGGACGUGGGCGCGAUUCAUAUUCUACUACUGUCCCGGCCUUUCCACUUGGCUGAUUAACGAUGCUUUCUACUUUAUGCGCUUUGUGGCGUCGCUAUCGUGGUUCCUGCUCGCUGUCGAGGGUGCAGCUGUCAACUGGCGUCUGGCAAUUGAUUUUCUGCUACUGGGCCAACUGCCCGAUGCCAACCCAGUGCCGCGUCGCCGACGCAAACGCCGCCACUCCAAGUCUCGGUCCACUCAAAUUUAACGUUUAUACGCCACAAGUUCUUCAAAUCCUCAUUGUCUUAUUGUCUCGUUCAGUAUCAGCAGUUGACAGCCAGCAGGUCUAGGUAAACUGCGCCAGCUCAAGCUCAAUUCUAACCGACUAAAGCUGAAGUCAGCAAGCGCCAUCAGCCACGUUGCUCUGGUGAGCAAAUACAUUGCUAGC